GUUUGCUACCCGCUGAGCCCUGACCGGGGAAACAGCUCACGGAAACGAUUGAUCCCGAUCGAAUAACGCCAAAGCUGGCAACAUAAAUGGCGGAUUAACACUGAUAUCGGAGAGGACUCGCUAAAUCCAUGUUCGUGGCUCGGGUGCUUUUGGAGAGUGCGCUGGCAACACCCUCCGUAACAUGUGAGAUGUAUACAGAAAGAUAUUAACUGUGCGUUAUUUCGGCUAACUAGCUAGCAGCUACCCCCCUCUCUCUAUCCAAUUUAUGGUAGCUCGCUUGAUCUGUUUUCUCAACCGUCGCGUCUGUACCGGAGUAAAAUGAAGAAGUUCAACAUUAGAAAGGUGCUGGACGGCUUGACAGCGGCUUCUUCUUCCUCCUCCGCAACUGCCCAGCCGGGUACUCCCAGGGAAAACGAUGUUAUCCAGGAGACUCUCCAGUCGGAGCAUUUUCAGCUCUGCAAGACUGUGCGUCAUGGCUUCCCAUAUCAACCAUCCUCAAUGGCUUUUGACCCCGUGCAGAAAAUCUUGGCCGUCGGGACUCAGACUGGAGCUUUGAGGCUCUUUGGCCGUGCGGGUGUGGAGUGCUACUGUCAGCAUGAGAGCGGUGCGGCGGUCAUCCAGCUCCAGUUCCUGAUCAACGAGGGGGCGCUGGUGAGUGCCUUAGCUGACGACAGCAUCCACCUGUGGAACCUGAGGCAAAAAAUCCCUGCAAUCCUGCAUUCUCUCAAAUUCAACAGGGAGAGAAUCACAUACUGCCACCUGCCCUUCCAGAGCAAAUGGCUUUACAUCGGCACAGAAAGAGGAAACAUCCACAUUGUCAACGUGGAGUCCUUCACCCUCUCAGGCUACGUCAUCAUGUGGAACAAAGCCAUCGAACUAUCCACCAAGACACACCCAGGGCCUGUCGUGCACAUCAGUGAUAACCCCAUGGAUGAAGGAAAGCUUCUGAUUGGAUUUGAAUGUGGGGUGGUGGUGUUGUGGGAUUUGAAGUGCAAAAAAGCUGACUACCGCUACAAUUAUGAUGAGGCGAUCCACUCGGUUGCCUGGCACCAUGAGGGUAAACAGUUUGUUUGCAGCCACUCCGAUGGCACGCUGACCACAUGGAAUAUACGAGCCCCAGCCAAGGCUGCACAGAUCAUCACACCACAUGGAAAGCAGCCGAAGGAUGGAAAAAAGCCAGAGCCAUGCAAGCCUAUCCUGAAGGUGGAGUACAAAACAACAAGGGCUGGGGACCCAUUCAUGGUCCUGUCUGGAGGGCUGUCUUACGACACUGUGGGGAGGAGAGCCUGUCUGACUGUGAUGCAUGGGAAGAGCACUGCCGUCCUGGAGAUGGACUACCCCAUCGUAGAUUUCCUGACGUUGUGUGAAACUCCGUAUCCAAAUGACUUUCAGGAGCCUUAUGCUGUGGUGGUCCUCCUGGAGAAGGAUUUAGUUGUAAUAGACCUCGGACAGAUUGGGUACCCGAUAUUUGAGAAUCCAUAUCCUCUGACUAUCCACGAGUCACCAGUCACCUGCUGUGAGUACUUUGUCGACUGCCCUGCUGAACUUAUUCCUGCACUUUACUCCGUCGGCAGCCGGCAAAAGAGACAAGGUUACAGCAAGAAGGAAUGGCCCAUUAGUGGAGGAAACUGGGGCCAAGGCACUCAGAGUUACCCAGAGAUCAUAAUCACGGGACAUGCUGACGGGUCAAUCAAAUUUUGGGAUGCUUCUGCAUUAAUGCUUCAAGUGCUGUACAAGCUGAAGACUGCCAAGGUGUUUGAGAGGGCUCGCAGUAAGGAUGAGAAGGCAAAUACAGAUAUAGUAGAGGAGGACCCGUUUGCCAUCCAGACCUUGUCCUGGUGCCCUGAGAGCAGGAUGCUCUGUGUGGCUGGAGUAUCUGCCCACGUUAUCAUCUAUAGGUUCAGCAAACAAGAAAUCACCACUGAAGUUGUGCAGCUUUUGGAGGUGCGAAUGCAGAGCGAGUUCGGCGAAGGUGACUCCCCUGAUCCAGGAGGGGAUCAGACCCCCACCCUGCCCACCCCGGGAGCUUCCUCCAGCCCUCAGGAGAGUGAGCUUCCCUCUCAGCCCUCCACAGGCAGCAACUCCUCCGACGGACCCCGGGACAAUAUACCAUGCCUGCAGGUGCGGAGCUCCCCGCUGAAGCAGUCUCCGGGCUACCAGGUGGAGCUGGUUAUCCAGCUGGUGUGGGUGAGCGGGGAGCCACCUCAGCAGAUCACCAGCCUGGCUAUCAACUCCUCCUACGGCCUUGUGGUGUUUGGAAACAGUAAUGGUCUGGCUGUUGUGGACUACCUCCAGAAAACUCUGCUCCUCAACAUGGGCACCUCAGAGCUUUACAGCCCAUCUGACCCCUACCAGAGGCAGCCUCGCUCUCCGCGUAAAGCACGACAGCCCUCUGGAGCAACCUGUGAUUCAAACGACGGGUGCAACACCUCAGAGGACCGCUGCAAAUCACCGACUUCAGGAUCUACCUCACCAUGCAAUUCUGAUGAUGAACGGAAACAGAAGUUCAUAGAGAAGGUGAAGUUCAAAAGCAGACGCUUUUCCAAGACGGUUGCCAAUGACUUUGCCAAGAUGUCACGGAAAAUUAGCUCGUCUGGCGAGCAAAAGUCAGAUCUGGCAAUUCACCGAUGGCGCUCUUUCACGAGUAAGCGUGUUUGUUGUAUGAACGAAGGCAAAGCAGCGGCCAGGAUGAAGGAGGCCUUCUAUAGAACAAAUUCAGUCCCCAUCUACAAUACCAAGGAUAACUCAUUCACCCGCUCACGUAGUUCAAGUGUAACCAGCAUAGACAGGGAAUCCCGAGAGGCCAUCUCCUCCUUUCACUUCUGUGAGAGUUUCCCCAAGAAGAACGACAACCUAAUGAGCCCCUGUCUGCUGGUGGGAACCACCCAGGGCACCGUGAUGAUGGUGGCCCUCAGCCUGCCGCCUGGUGGCGACCAGAGGCUGCAGCAACCAGUCGGCAUCUCCUCCUGUGGCACUAUGGUCGAACUCAAAGGAGGCAUUCUGACUAUGGCCCUGUUGGACGCCGCUGGAGCUCUGCUGCCCCCUUCCUACGAGCCAUGGUAUGACCCAAACGCCUCAGAUGAGGAGAAGGAGAAGAGCCGGAGGCGCAGGCCGGCCUCCCCUCCCUCGUCACAAGAAGGUCAAGAUUCCCAGUUCGCUGUUCUGUGUUCGGAGAAACAAGCCAAGGUGGUGGCCAUGCCCUCUCAAACCCGCAUCUACAAACACAACAUCACAGAGACGUCCUUCGUGCUGCGGGCUGAUGUUGUGCAGAUUGCCGGAGCUAACUGCAUCGCCUGUUUCUGUGCUAACGGCCAUAUCAUGACUCUGAGUUUACCCAGUCUACGGCCUCUGCUGGAUGUCAACUACCUGCCGCUGACAGACAUGCGGAUAGCCAGAACGUUCUGCUUCUCCAACCUGGGUCAGGCCCUGUACCUCACCUCCCCCACCGAGAUCCAGAGGAUCACCUACAGCCAGGAGACCUGCGACAACCGGCAGGAGAUGCUCAGUGAGUUGUUUACCCCUGUGGAGACGCCAGAGGCUCCAAACAGAGGUUUCUUCAAAGGCCUGUUUGGAGGAGGAGCGCAGUCUCUGGACAGGGAGGACCUCUUUGGUGAAACGGUUGCUGGUAAGGCCUCCCGUAGCCUGGCUCAGCACAUCCCUGGCCCAGGGGGCAUGGAGGGCAUGAAGGGUGCAGCGUCUGGCGUUGUGGGAGAUCUGGCCCGAGCCCGGAUAGCUCUGGACGAGAGGGGGCAGAAACUGGGCGAGCUGGAGGACAGAACGGCAGCCAUGAUGGCCAGCGCAGAGUCCUUUUCCAAACACGCUCAUGAUAUGAUGCUGAAGUACAAAGAUAAGAAGUGGUACCAGCUCUGAUGGCAGCGUGGGGAGCAUCGGACUCUGUAAUCACGCACACCAGUAUCUCUUUGGAGCUGCGGGUCGCUCUUCUUCUCUUCUCUAUUUCUCUCCGCGGGGGGUUCUGCUCAACAGACUCAUGCUUUUAUUCUCAGCACAAAAUCAUACACUCUGCAUUACCUCAGUCACCGGAGGACUGGCGCGGAGUAGACACUGGCCGACCCAACGUAAUGAGAAUGGAAAGAAAUGGAAGAAGAGAAGCUGUUAGGAGUCUCUCUUUCCAUUUCACCCGAGAGCGGGGAUGUUCUCGUAACAUCAGCCUGCAGAACAGGAGAGAGGUGACCUUUCAUAUCCAUCAGUCAUGCACUCAUAUAUAUCUCAUAUAUAUAUAUAUAAAUAUAUACACACCCUGCUGUUUUGUUCUGAAAGACAAUUCUGCAAAACAUGUACAUGUGGUGGCCUGAUUGCAAUUCUUUUGUCCUUUCUUUACCCUUUAUGGUGUCUGCCAAACACAGUGGACUUAAAUGAGGAGAAAAGUCUGAUGACCCCUUGUCCUUUAAAUCUAAUCAAGUCAAUGAAGAUGUAAGUUUCUAUAGGAAUGAUUGAAUCAAUGAAGGACUUGUGUCUGUUUGUUUUUCUGCUUUAAAUUAUUUUUUAGAGUUUGACCUCUUGUCCUUUUUGUUGGUCUCUUUUUGUCAUUUGUUCAUCCAGAAAGGGCCUUUUUAAGCACUUAGAACCGUAAAAACUAGACAGGGAGAUGAUGAAUCUGUUGCCUCUCACCGAAUAAGGGCUGGUAGUACACUAGUUCAUCACCGACCAUUCCUUUUUACAGCAUUUUCCAACCAAGUUGUUUUAGGCAAGAAGGACAAAUGGCGUGUUUUCUGAGAGUUGCUUUGGUUUUAUUUUUAAAUUAGAUUAUUUAUUGGAACAGUAUAAUAGAUAGGAACUGAAAUAAGUUUGUAUGUCGGGCAUUGUUUUUUUUUUGCUUUGGUCAAUUAAAUGCGCAAAAAAUGUGCUCAAAAUGUUUACCCCUGAUGAAGAGUUUACAUUAAUCUAUCAGAAAAAUGAAGAGUUGAUACACUGGAGAAUCCCCUUGAGGUCUUCUGGCUUUCAAGGAGCUGUAGCUACGUCACGUAUGAGAAGGACACUGUGUAGAAGGGCAAGACGAAGAUUGUCCUGAAUAUGAUUAGCAUAAAUGUAUAUUUUGGUUACAAUUUUAAUUUUUUUGUGAUAAAGAUUCUAUCUAUACAUAAUUAUUCAAAUUUCUUUAUGGCAUUCUUUCAUUUUUUGUCUCGUUUUCUCAAUGUGUAGGGAAAAAAGCAUGUGUCUCUUACAGCACAAUGGAAAUGGUAAUGCUGUCUUUGUAUUUGUAGUAGAAAUGACCAAGAGUGUUCCACGCAGUGCCAUUGGUCAUCUCUCUCUGAACCAUUCACUUUCUCUUCUGCCUUUGCCUCAUGACGCAUAUAUUCUAACCUCUACCUAUGUGUAUGUCUGUGUGUGUGUGAACAUACAUAUAUUCAGGAAUAUGUGUAUGGGCGCUAAUAUUUAUAAUACUACAUAGAUACAGUGUAUUACAAUAGGUCUUUUGAGGUUUUUGUUUUUGCUUGACAGUGUUUUUCAAUGUGGUUAACUAGAAUUCUAUUGUAAUUAGACUUCUUUUUCAUGAGGUGCAAGGAGAUGCUGCUAUUUGUGUCAAUGUAGGAGCAUUAUCUGUCGGUCUUUUAUUUUGAAAAGAGAGACAAGACUUUGUCAGUCCAGAUUGCUGCCAAAUGUUGUAAAUAACGGGACAGCUGGACACAAAUCUGACAGUGCAGGUUCAGGCAACGUGACAUACUCUACGCUUGCGGCCAUGUUCUUUUCUGACACCAAAGAGUUGCUUAAUUUCACAGAGUUGUCUUGAUUUUUUUCCCGAAUGGUUAAGAGUCAGUCUGGAUACAAUGGAGGAUAAGAAGUCUGCUGUGAGUAGGAGGGGGGGAGUAGAUUGGCUUUAGCUUCUUCUUAUGGGCAUGCCACCCUCAUUACCCAAACUGCUGUACGUGUUCAGAAGACAGGCAAAGUGAAUUUGAAGAGUUUAAUUCCAAAAUGAAAUCAUGCAACACUGACUCAUGGAAAAUGGUUGCAAGCAUGAAGUAAAACUGUUUUGUUUUUAGUUCUUUUAGAUUUUUGAGUAUUACAUCCUGUAUACUUACUGUAGGAGGUGUUGAGUUAUCAAUCACACCAAAAACAUUUUUAUCAAAGAUGGAUAUGCAGCAUUUUGGAAUAAAACCCUUCACUUUUAGCUAGCUGAUUUUAAUCUACUGUGUCCUGCUGAGGUAAACCCACCUGAGAGAGCGGUUAUGUGGGUUUUGCACUAUUUUUUGUACUAAUUUUGUUAGUAUGUUUUUUAAUGUGUUUCUUUUUUUUCGUGUCCCGUUUUCUUAUUUUUUUUGAAAGGACCAAAACAUGACAGUACCUAUGCUUAUCUAUGUCAUUUGCCAAUAAUGCUGAUUGCUUCACUCUCAGAUUUGUUUUCAAUGUCAGGUUAAUGAUUCUAUGAUAUAUUUAUAUAUUUGAAAACAAAUAUAUAUAUACUUUUAAUUUCAAUAAUCUAUUAAAAAUGAAUACCUUUAAUGUAAUUUUUUGGGAUAGAAUAACUCACGUUAAUGUCCGAACAAUGGUUGUGCAUAAUUAUCCAUCAUCCAGACGCGACAAUAAACAUUUUCUGGUUAUAUAUUGAACAUGCUCAUCUCGGAUUCAAGCUUUGCUACUGCAGGAGGGUCAUCUCCUCUUGGUGGGCCGCUGAGUCUUUCUACAAAGUGUGGCCUCGACUUUAAAGUGCUUCAGUUUGCAACAUAUAUGGUCUAAAUGGUCUCUUAUUGCACAUUGAAGGAUGCAUGAUAUUAAGUGUUUACAAACUUGAAACAACCAUGUAUUAUCCCUCUUAGAGAUUGUCUGUUCUGGCAUUUGUAUUUACCACCAUGUUGAACAAAACUGAAGUUCUCAUCACACAUCUGAAGGUGUCCCGUUUUCAUUUGAUCAUGCCAAUUGUAUAAGUGUGAGAGAUUAUAUUUAUUUUAUUGGUACAUCCGUUUAUGUUACUGUUUGCUUCAUGAAAACUCUUGCUUUCCCUGCACCGUAGAAACGCAUAGAAAUGGGAGCGAGGCUCGCAGCACCGUGCAGGAGAGCUCAAGGGUUUCUCAGUCGCCAUACUUCCAUCCAUCUGUCUGUCUUCUGGGAUGAAUAUCUGUGGAGUUGCAGUAUUUUCUCAUAGUAGGCAAUUUUUGUACAGUUUUAUUAAAAUAAAUUUCACAUGGAUGUCUGACUUAAUCUGCUGCCACAAACAAUUUAGACUGUAGAUACAGUAUAUAUAGAUAUUAUUGUGCAAUGGAAAAUAAAUGUAAAACCAAUCAUAA